CAAUCCAACCUGCACGGGGCGACGCAGCAGUCAGCCCAGCCAGGGUCAUCAGCCGACGGUACAGCAGGCUGGUGGUCAACCAUUUGUACAACAGCGCCACCAUCAACCGUCUGUGCGGCAGUGCAGUCAUCAGCCGUCGGUGCGGCGGCACCAAUAUCCACCAUCACCACAGCGUUCAAAUCACAGCCCGUCAGCACGGGCGAGCGGCGAGCCUACGCCGGCACCGGCGCCGCCCACCACCGGCCUCAGUCCGCCGCGGCCUCCGCCACCGCUCAGCCGCGGUCCGCAGAGUGUGGCGGCGCAGCGGCAGCCCGGCGCCGGCCCGUCGCUGCUUCCGAGACGGGCCGGCCUGCCUGCGCAGAGCCGGCCGGCGCAGUCCGCGACAGCAACAGCCCAGCAGCGGCCCGGCUCGGCCCGUUCCGCUGCCGACCCGCCACCGUUGGCGAACGCGCGCUGUCACAUGCCAAAGCUGUUCUCUUUGGGCGUUGUGGAGUGCGACUCCGCUUCGCCGGCGCGGAACGCUUGGCAGCCUGUUCAAAACCACCAGGCUGGGGGCGCAUCGCGUGGUCUACAGAGUCCGCAGGCUCUGGCCGUGGCGCUGCCCGUCCAGAGCGUGCAGCCUCUGACCGUGGCGCAGCCCAUCCAAAGCGCGCAACCUCUGACUGUGGCGCGGCCUAUCCAGAGCGCGCAGUCUCUGACCGUGGCGCAGCCCACCCAGGACGCGCCGCUUCAGCCGGUCGCGGCGCGGCUCGCCCUGAAGAUGCAGCCGGUGGCUGCGUCACAGGUCAUCGCUAGCCAACCACCGCGGAGCGCGGCUCGCGCGGUGACGCGUCAGCAGCCGACGAGCGCGUCACCAUUCGCCGCAGGUUCACAAGCGCGAGGGGUCACGAGCGCGCAGGCGCAGACUGGCGCUCCACUGACUGCCGCAGCGCCGCAGGCUCGGGCGUCGCCUCAGGCUGCGUCGAGUCCGCAGCGUCGGCCCGUGCCCAGUCCGCAGCCGGAAGCUGGUCGGCAGCAGCAGAACGGGCGACGGCCAGACCCUCGAGAGAAGACGGAGCCGGCGGGCCGACCGGCGCCCGCCCCAGGGAACCGCGUGAUCAGCCGACACGCCGACGGCACGUACCAGCUGGCGCACGUCACCGCCGUCACCGUCCACGCGCUGUUCACCGUGACGCUGGACGACGAUUCGACUCACCGCGACGUGGCGCCGCACGACGUCCUGGGCCUGGAGGGGCCGCUGGAGGGCGUGCCGGAGGUGGGCAGCCGGCUGUACGUGCGGCUACCGUCGGCCGAAGGCGAGAACGUGACGCUGGGCACAUUCCGCGGACACCGCCGCGUCGAGCAGUGCCAGGUGAGGUUCACCGACAACAGCGUCGUCACGGUGCCCCGCACCAAGCUCAUCAUCCCCCAGCCGGCGGCGCUCCAGUGAUGCGCACUGGGUGCAGACGCAAGCGGAGGCGGGCUCGCUGGUCUCCGGCUCGCUGCUCUCCGUGGGAGGCGAAGAGGCGAGCGUCUCUGUACCGCUCUGCAGCUUCGCUAGGGCCGCGCGCAGUUGGACGCUAUGGGGUGAUUUGGCCGCGGCCCGGCCUUCAAGAUCUCACCAAGAGGAAGUCGUCAGCGGUUGUCGUCGACUAGUGAUGCGCCCGGUUUGGACGACCACCAAAUAUGUUCUACGGUGUGUUGUUUUGGUGGAGCACUCUGCUCGUGUCCUCUGAUCGCGCUGUGGCGCGCCGCUGCGCAGUGCGGGCUUGUUACAUGGUGCUUUUGUGCGAGCUUGCCCUGACCCUGUCUGGAUAUUACCUAUUUGUAGACAAAGGUGUAAGAUUUUAAUGUUUUAUAUUCGAGCUUAUUGGUAGAACCAGCCCAAAAGUCUCCGAUUAUGUUCUGUGCUUUGUAACAGUUGGUUCGACGCAUGCACAUUGGACGUUUGGCUUAGUGUGUCGUCGAUCCUUUAGCUCAUUGGGGAUGGCACGCAUUUGGUUGGCUCAUGCCGAUGGUGUGUUGCGGGAUAGUCUGUCGUGUGGUGGUGCGUUACUGUUAAGGCCAGUACAAAGCCGGCCGUCCUCCGUCGGAUAUCACAAUCGUAUGCAGACAAAGCACGCGCCCACAAAAAAGCGUCGUGUUUUGUGCAGUGCGAACUGAUGUGCUGCCAGCACCCGUCGCGUGAUGGCCCAGCGCUGCAGAGAAUCUCAUUACGCCAGCAAUGCGUGCAUGAUGAAAAACAUUGUCAUACUCCAGCACAGAACGCGUGUUCAUUAUAGUGCCGGCGGGCACGCUCCGUUCCUGGCUAGGCGCCGUGAGAUUUCGUAUGUGGAAUUCGGUGAUCCUGAUUUCUUCUGUGCUUAGUCUCAUGUACCGGACGCGCCGGUGGACAAGCCUGUUCAUUAUUUGCCUCCAGGGACGGGUGCUGUUACCAUGGGACCGUUACCAUUGCAUCAACUGGCGGGCGAGUCGCAAGGCGUCCCUUCAACCGGUACGCUCAGUGCAGGAUGUGUACUCUACAUGCGUGGCAUGGUGGAGCCCAUUACUGAGAUCCGUCGCUUUACUGCCCUUUCGCACUGCGUGAUGCGUGUUUUUUUUUUUGCGUCCGGUGACGGUCCGGUCAGUCCCCACUCAUUGGACAAAUACUAACAAUCGGAAACGCUUGCGCCAGCGUCAGCCAUUCGGGUACGGUUUGUUCCGGUGAAUAUA